AUUAUUACUUCACACCAAACCAGCAAUGAUUGUGGACUAGAGGUAGACAUAUCGGGAACUUAAGGGAAGUUAGUAUAUUGUGUAGGAUCAUGUAGGAAAGAUUUUUAUGACUUAAUAUUGCAUCAUCAGAAAAAGAAUAACGCCCAUCCGUAGUCAUGGAGACGAGGGAGAGAAAAACAAAUAAAACGAGUGAAAACUCGGAGAAGCAUGAGGAGAAAAUGGGAAACGGAGACGUGACAGAACAAGAAGAAACAAAGGGCAAGGUGACCAUGAAGAGGCAAGUUAGCCUGCUAAGUGGUAUCGCCCUCAUUGUUGGAACUAUGAUAGGCUCGGGUAUCUUCGUUUCGCCGAAAGGAGUUUUAAGUCAAACCGAGAGCGUCGGUAUGAGCCUGGUUAUAUGGUUCCUCUGCGGCGUUCUCUCUACUAUAGGUGCGCUAUGCUAUGCCGAGUUAGGUACGCUAAUACCUAAAUCUGGCGGUGAAUACUCGUACAUAUUGGACACGUUUGGGUCUCCCCUGGCCUUCCUGUUCGCCUGGGUUUCAACCCUUCUCAUCAGACCGUCCUCGGUUGCCAUCAUCAGUCUCAGCUUUGCAGAGUACGUAGCGGCUCCGUUCUUUGGAGGGGAGUGUGGCGCCCCUGACGGCAUCAUCAAAAUGCUUGCUGCAGUGUGUGUCAUUUUGAUCGUUUCUAUCAAUUGUGCCAGUGUCAGAUUGGCGACGGGCGUUCAGAAUGUUUUUACAGCAGCUAAGCUUCUGGCUUUAGUUAUCAUCAUUAUUGUUGGAUUUAUUCAGCUGAUACAAGGUAACACCCAAUAUUUGGAUCCAAAGAUCUCGUUUCAAGGUUCAACUGCCAAUGUAGCUGCAUAUGGGAUUGCCUUUUAUCAAGGAUUAUGGGCCUAUGAUGGCUGGAAUCAACUAAACUACGUCACAGAAGAGCUUGUCAAUCCAUACAGAAAUCUUCCUCUUGCCAUCAUCAUCGGGAUACCUCUUGUUACAGUUCUGUAUCUCUUGGUCAAUAUUUCAUAUUUCACCGUCAUGUCACCGGAAGAACUAAUGCAAUCCAGUGCAGUGGCAGUGACGUUCGGUGAUCGUACCCUUGGAGUAAUGUCUUGGAUCAUGCCUGUAUUUGUGGCAAUGUCUACAUUUGGCGCUCUCAACGGCUCAACAUUUGCAGCGGGAAGACUUACUUACGUAGCAGCAAGAGAAGGUCAUAUGGUGGAGCUAUUGUCCAUGGUUCAUGUUAAGAGAUUAACUCCUUUUCCUGCUAUGAUUUUCACGACGAUUCUAUCCAUAGCGAUGUUGAUACCCAGUGACUUUGAUACGUUGGUGAACUACUUCAGUUUCGCAGCUUGGAUGUUCUACGGUAUUACAGUAACAGCACUGCUUUACCUCAGAUAUAAAUGGCCUGAUGCAAAAAGGCCAAUAAAGGUUCCGAUUGUGUUACCUAUCAUUGUAUUGAUAGCGGCAGUAUACCUUGUGAUAGCACCUAUCAUUGACGAACCUGCUCUCCAAUAUCUGUAUGCAUUCCUCUUCAUUCUAUCUGGUCUCAUCCUAUAUCUCCCGUUCGUUUACUACAAGAAGGAAUUAGGAUGCAUGAAAUACCUUACAAUAUUCUUUCAGUUGCUCUUUGAAGUAGCCCCCUCUAGGUUUGUGGCCCCUGAGGAAGAUGUCAGUCAGGAGGAAGACGAACAAGCCAUUGUUGUGGAAUCAUGAUUGUCUGUACAUAACACCAGUUUAACCAUUCAGCCAAUUUAAGCAGCAAUACUAUAAAUCGGCAUGGUUGAUAUUUGGUAAAUGAACUUUUAUAUUAUUGUGGCCUUUUAAAUGUAGCCAUAAUUGUGGUAUAAAAAAGGAACUGGACGCUACCAACUAUCUCAAAUCAUGUACCUUUAAAUAAAUAAAAUCUAACUUUUCUGUUAUAUUGUGUUAAUGGGACUGUAUAUGGCAAGUGAUGGUACUUAAAAAAAACACGUUGAAGAUGACCCUUGAAACCUAAACCAAAAUAUAUCAACAAAACUGAUAUUCACUCGAUGAAACAUUCCUCCAUUUUUGUUAAUAAUCGCUAGAAAACUUAUUAUUUUUUGAAAUUUAUGGUUAUUGAUUUCUGUAUUGUCUUAAGACAUUGGGAUUACUUGUAAUGUUUGUUAUAAAGUCUUGACAUGGCCUCAUGCAGUCACAAGACGAUUCGAAGGAUAGUGUAAGAAUGUAUCCAAUAACACUAUUAAAAGGGACAUUCUUCAGUGUUUGCUAUGUAAGAUGACGCCUUAUAAUCUAAUAUUGUGUGAAAGUGUACUCAUGAAAGAAGAUUUUUACAUGAUAUUUCACCCAAUAAACACACAUGAUCCCUUCUUUUUACUAAAUUAUGUUUGUUUAAACUUUUACCUGGCCAUUUAAAAUGUAAAUUACAAAAUUAUUCCGAUAGAAACAAGCAUCAUUAUUACAAAGAGAAAGGUAAAAUUCACAAUCAAUCUAACUCGUGUUUUUCGACUAUAUUUUUUUGUAUUUUAUCAACAUUUUGAUCGAAGAGUGUGAUGUCUGCAUUGUAAUUGUUUGAAUGUUCAGCAAUCAUAUCAAUCAACAAUUCUUAUCAUAAAGACGCUUUUCAGUAAUUUAUCUGGAUGACGUUUAAAAAAAACUUAACACAAAUUGGUAAGCUUUUAAAAAUCAGAAAAAAUUGUGGUAUCAAUUCUGUUAAAGCAUUUCAGACUAUGAUUAUUGAAGGCUGACAGUGAGAAUUAGAUAGAUCGAUGGUCAGUAUGCGAAAUACUGAAUUCCUUUAGAUUUCAUAACCUUUAUCAUAUGUCAAUGGCACAAAAAGAAAAGCAUGAAGUCUUUUUUUACUUAACGAUCUGUUUACUUUUUUCUCAUCUAGCUGUCAGUAAGAUAUUUUUGGUUUGUUUUAUUGUUCUCUCGACAAUCUUAUUCCGUAUAAAAGUAAGGAUUGUUUUGAGAAUGAACAAGGAUAUUUGCCUUUAAGUUCGAUGAUGAGAUGAGAUCACUUUGUUUUCACUUGGUCUACGAGCAACUGGAUUUCUUCCCAGAUAGUCUGAUAGCAUAUAGACUAAACCCAUUUGGCCUAUACUACACACUGCACUUAGAUUAAUCGUCAUUUAGUCUAAUGCUCGUAUGGUCUAAUUUCCACUUCGACUAUACUAGUACUUAUUAUCAUACACAUUUUCGAACGAAAUUCGGUUCAUAAACGAUUCAAGUGGUGUUAGAUGCAAGUGGAUAUCAGAUAAAAUGGGUAUAUACAACAAGAAAUUAGUAAAAUUAUAAAUGGGCUAAAAGGUAUUUAGACCAAAUGGUGAGUAGACACACUUGUUGUAGAGGAAGUAGAAUUAGACCUUCAUAGGACGAGACCAAACCGAAAGUAGACAUUGCGGAUGUAGACCAAUUAUCAAUACGUCACAUUCGUUCUAUAUUUCACUUGUACAUUGUAAAUACUUAUUAUUAAGAAGAAAGUAUGUUUAAGUUUUGUCGUUUAAACAAAAAAAAAUAAUAUUGCUGUCAAAAAUUGGCUUCUGUAAUGUAAUUUUAAUCAAUCGCUAGGCAGUGAACGGUUCUUGUGUGUUUACAUGUCUGAUCAAUUUUUUUUCAUUGCAUUGGAUUAAAAAAAAUAUAAAUGUAUUAAAGCUAUUUUCGCUGUAUAUAAUAUAUGUCAAUGUAAAUUUUGCCAUUAAUUGUUAUACUUGCCUAACAAUAUCGCACCGGGAGUUUCAGUCAUAUAGCAGUUUUUAUCCAAUAUGCCUUCCACUGCCAGUAAAUAAAGAAAGAAGAAGAGAGACUGAUUUAAUCAAUAAAAUAUGACUACUUAUCUAAUUCCAACAAGAAACAAACGAUUCUAAUAUAAUGUUAGAAUUACUAAAAAAUCAUUUUGUACAUAGAAAAUUAACAUCAGUUUUAUUAAUAACAGGAAAUAUCUGAGAAUAUCAGUGUUGAAACGAAAAAUAUAAAAGUCUUAAUAUAC